AUGGCAGCCAUGCUGGACAUGGUGGACAUAGCCGAGCUAAAGAAGCUCGUGAUCAUGGGGCUGAACUGGGCUAUGUUGGCGGGGAGCUGCCUCAUGAAGCUCCCACAGAUCAACAACAUUCUGAAGGCAGGCAGCGUUGUGGGCCUGUCAGAGACCUUUGUCAUCAACGACUGCAUGGCAGGGCUGCUAUUUGUGUACUACAACGUCCUUUCGGGUCAUCCCUUCAUGAGCUGGGGAGAGAAUGUAAUAGUCGGCUUGCAGAACGCGAUCAUCGUUCUACUCUACUGGCACUACUCGCCGCAGCUGUCCAAAGCGCCGCGUUUUCUUGGAGCUGCAGCUUUCGUAUUGGGCAGUAUAGCGGUCCUCAUCUUUGGCUUGCCCAAUGCGGCCGUGUCCGCUCUUGGCGCUGCGCCCAUUGUCCUAGGUAACGGGUCGAAAGUGCCCCAGAUCUGGAAAAACAUGGUCCAAAAGCACACGGGUACCAUGGCUGCUGUGUCUGAUCCUCAGAGGUUGACGGUUUGA